CAACCAAUUGGAAACUGCAAAAAAUGUUUAAGAAUCAAUCAAAGGCUGUGAAAUCAAUAAUCUGUGUUUAUUCUCUAUCACUAUCGCUAUUCUCUCGUAUUAUUGUGUAAGGACCUUUAAACGAUCCACAAUGCGGUAGAAAUCGAUAAUCGAUCCAAGAUCUCGAACAAAAAGAGAAUUGACCAAUCGCAUUGUCUGUUGUAUGAAAUGACAAAUACGAUUGAUCAAUUCUAAUGGGCUAACCGGUUGGUUCAGGUUGGUUAGCUAAACGAAGAUUGGUGAAAGAGAUCCUGUAACGUAGUAUAUCGCACAGUUUGAAAAUUCGCGCAAUCCAAUGGCUGCUCGCGAGGAACUAAAUACCUUUAACGAGAUUUCAUUUAUCAAUAGAAGGAAUGGAGAAGGCUUUCCAGUUCGCAAAAUGAAGAAUAGAGUAUAUUAUCCAAGGUAUCACUGCUCCGUUACUUGAAGCUCCCCGAAAUUUAUAAUUUUACUGGAUGAUAAAUGGUAACAGAUUACAGGCCUAGAUAUUCUAUCAGUAUUAUUCCAUGUCAACCAAAACCUCGCAGGCCACUUGCAUCAUAUAUGGGUCGUUUGAGUCAACCAAGUAAACUAUACAAUAGAAUUAUUGCUGAGGUUCAUGAUCCAUCAGGACUAUGUACAUCGUGUGUACACAAGUCUGCAAGUUUUAUAAAUCAGAGAACUUGCGAAGAAUUUUCAGAGAAGAGCUCUCUGCCAAAAUUUAGAAAAAGAUGUUUGUUACCAGAGAUUGAACAAGCCAUGAAAGAAAUUGUCUGUUUAUUACCAAUGUCUUUCCUCUCAAGCACAAUAGCAGGUGUUAUUGUUGGUGGUAUAAUUGUAGGAACAAUGUUUUAUUCAUAAAAAAAGGUACAAAUGCGAUAACAAGUACAGUUUAACUUGAUAUUGUUUACAUGAGUCGAAAAUUUGGAAGCAGAAUAUUACAAUCAAGGUUCAAUCAAAUUUAUUUAGCUUUAUAUAGUAAAUAUAUUUUGUCUCAUUUAUAUUGCUAAUUAUUUGUUAUUAUCUACGUAAUUAUUAAUUACUUGUGACAUUCCUCUAAAAUCAAAGUAAUUACAACAUCAAAUCAGGAGGAUCUUAAUUUUUUUGCACCUGUAACAAUUGUAUUUCUAUGAUUACUUAAACGAUUGUUGUACAGUAGAUAUAGAUGCAAGAGAAAAUUAUCUAUUUUAUUUCUCAAGUUAAGAGAAUAUAAAACCUAGAUUGUUAAUAUUUAUUAUUGCUUUUACUAUAUUUUUGUUGAUUAUAUUAUCUAUAAUUAUUAUUUUGUUAUUAAUAUGAUACGAAAUAAUGAAUCUUAGUAAAGAUUCUUUUUCAUCACAAAAUACUUGUGCAUUUAUCAAAUAUGUAAGUAAUGCUUAUACAUUGAAAUAUUUGUAUCACCAAACAGAAUGUCGCAAUACUGCAUUGCGAUGCUGUAUUUAACGCUUCCAAAUGAUAUAUAUAUAUAUUUUUUUUUUUUUAACUACAAAAUAUAUAUAUAAAAUUGUUAGAAUUUCAUUUGCAUAUAUUUUAUUUUUGUACUAAUAUAUUGAUCAUUAAUACAGUAAUUAAUCAUUGCCAAGUAUUUUGUUUGUUAUUAAUUAAUAAAAUUUUUCAAAACUGCAAUGGAUGUUAUAGCUCAGUAAAAAAUUAAA